GGUAGGCAGGGUUGAUACUGAGAAACCACAGACAACAAACAAUCAUCUUUCUCUCUUCUUCAAAUACUCAUUCUGAGCAAGUCGAACAAGCUAACUUCGCCCGAGCCAGAUCGAUUCUCCUCACAUAUCGAGACGUACCACCGCCAGUAUGUCGACCGACCCCAAGCUUGACGACCUACACAAGCAGCUUUUUGAUGAGGGGCUGAAGAUGAGACGAAGUGUGGUGGGAGACGAGUAUGUGAACCGUGCACUGGAGAAUGGUUCUACAGAAUUCUCGCGAGCUGGGCAGGAGCUCGUUACUGAGAUGUGCUGGGGUUACGCUUGGACGCGGCCAGGUCUCGACAAGAAGCAAAGAAGUCUUAUCAACAUCGGCAUGCUCAUGGCGCUCAACCGCGCUCCUGAACUUGCUGUACAUGUGCGCGGGGCAAGAAAUAACGGUCUGUCCGAGCUCGAAAUUCGCGAGGCUAUCAUUCACGCAACCACAUACUGUGGGGUGCCAGCUGGCGUCGACGCCAUGAAAACAGCUGAAAAGGUCCUAAACGACAUGGCAGAGAAAGGCGAGAUGCCGCGAGAAUUGGGCAACAGGAGUGAGAGGGCAUAGUGGUGAUCAAUUGGUGACGAUGAUAGUAGGAACGCGUCGCGUCAGAUCGCGUGGCAGCCCUGGAGGUGGCUGGGAACGUGGCACCCGGGAUGAUCCGGCCCGGGUUGGGAUGACAUAUACGAUGAUCGCUGUAGCCACACACAUACGAACAUUCACAGUACCUUCCCCU